AUGGAGGAUGAAGUUGUCCGUGUGCCUGCCAGCCCCACAGUGCAGCUACAGCUACUGUCGACACGGGAGGUGGCCGUACCGUCAUUCCUUAAAAAAAAAAAAGCAAACAGCCGGCUGAAGCAGGCUGAGAAGGAGUACAGUCAGAAGCUGGCUAAAUCCUCGCAGAUCAUAGCCGAACUUAAGACAACCGUUUCCUCUCUGACGGAGGAGAACAGCCGGCAGCAGCUUGUGGCAGAGCAGCGGCUCCAGGAAGUUGUACAAAAGUUUGAAGAUAAGAAGCAGCAGCUGAUUACGGAUAAUGACAGAGCAAUCAAGGCCUUGCAAGAUGAAGUGGAAAGUUACCGCAUUCAGGUGCGGGCUGCAGAGAAGAAGCUGCAGCGCAGGGAGCUGGAGACCCAUGAGCAG